AUAAUUUUCAGAUAUCAUCAUUUCAAGGUUAAAGCACCAUCUGGGACACCAUUUAUCGUUAGAAAGGAAGCUUACAACGAGUAUGAUCCCUUCGCACUGGCAUGUCUUAUCCCUGCCGAAUUGGAACUAAUUCCGGAGCCUUUGCGGAAAAUGGCCAUUUACAGCAAAUCAAAGCGAAAAAGUUACACUUUGGAAGAUGUGCGAGGGUCUCAGAUCGGCAGAAUUCAGUAUUUUUUAAACAGGGAGCUAUUCUACCUUCUGGAGUGUGGCAAGAUAUCGCGGAUUGAAGGGUAAGUGAAUUAUCGGUUAUCUCCUUUGUCUGAAUAUUUUUCUGUGUAAUAAAUUGAAACGAAGCUAUUCAGUUUACUUGUACCGGUGAACAGUUUUGGAAUUCGUCGGCCUGAAUUUUUUAAUCUGCGUUUGUCUCUUCUCUCUAAGGAUUGUCAACGGAGAACCAACGGUUUCUGUACGUCCCAACGCAGCCCAAAAGCUCCAAAGAAAUAAACAGGCUGGUGGAGGGGCUUACAUCCCAGCUACUGUUCACGUUGAAGGUCCACGCGAGCACAAAAAGGCUGUGCUCGACAGAGUCCGCACGUCUUUAGCGGAGUGCGAGAAUGGAGAGCUGAUGACAAUCGAUAUCGAAAAUUAG